AUGCAUAUCCUGACGUCCCUCAGCGUGGCCACUAGCCUCUUGACACUAGCAACUGCAGCCACGCUCCCGCAAACGCCCUUCACCGUCUCCUCGAACAGCUCCCUGGACACCUGUCUUUCGUGCGCCACCUCUCCCAGCUGCCCCCUCGAUCCGUGUCUCACCAACACGCCUGGUGGCCUGCUGCUCCUCACCCAGUUCUGGGACUAUUCUCCCGCGAUCGGCCCCUCUGACUCGUGGACGAUCCACGGUUUGUGGCCGGACACCUGUUCGGGCGGCUACGAUUCCGACUGCGAUCCCUCGCGCAACACCAACAACAUCGCCUCGAUCCUGCGCUCCUCCUCCCACCCCAAAGCGGCGUCGACGCUGGAUACGAUGAACCAGUACUGGCUCGCACUCAAUGGCAACGAUGCCCAACUCUGGUCGCACGAGUGGAACAAGCACGGUACGUGCGUCUCCACCCUCGCCCCCUCGUGCUACUCGCCCUCUUCCCAGGCGUACACGCAGGGCGAAGACGUCGUCGACUUUUUCACCACCACCGUCGACCUCUUUCAUCAGUACAACGUGUUCCAAGCUCUAGAGGAAGCGGGUAUCACUCCAAGCUACAACAAGCGCUACACCCUCGAACAGCUGCAUCAGGCAACACGGGCCAAGUGGGGCAAAGAGGCCAGCUUCAAAUGCCGAAACGGCGCACUGAACGAGGCUUGGGUGUACUUUCACACCCAAGGCAGAAGCACCACUGCAGACGCCUUCGUACUGAGCGAUCCGCUGAGGGGCAACAACCGAUGUCCCACACAGGGCAUCCGAUAUCUGCCCAAGUAG